CAUGGGCCUCACAAUCCCACGCUAUUCGAUCGGGGUCGAGAUGGGUCUUCGGGUCUUCUUCGGGGAAAUCAAACCGAAAAUUCUCACCGCUGCUCACACUCUAUCGGCGCUUCCGAUCACUCAAUGCAGAGUGAAGUGACGCUACAGUAUGAUAUAUCUUCUACCUCCCCGUCCAUAUCUAUUCAAGACAGGCACCAUGGGGGUCCAAUGUAUCUUCGAAGAUUUCUCUCUCGAAGGAUGCCCUCGGGCGGUCUACAGAAUUAUCAUAUUGAGAGUUACCCACACUUUAAAAAAUCCUCCCAAGGCUUGGUACGGACCCACAUCUCAAACUUUAGACGUUCGCACUUUCCUAUACGGUUUAGAUCUCCUUUUCCAAGUUCUUACUGGCAUUGAGCGGCCUGCUCAUGAGAUCUGGAAUACCAGUAGGACAACUGGAUACUUGUCACACAACCCCGGUGCGACGUCAUCACAAAGAAGAUUUUUUUGCAGGCUCUCUCCUGACACCUUUGUGCGUUCAAAAUCUGUUUCACUUUACUGUGGAUCGUUGGAGAGGUCGAUCAUAACGUCCAGAAUCGGGAUGUUUCGGGCGUUAGGACACAACUGGAACCUUGUGACUAAACAUUUUCUUGCUCGAGAGAGCUUAGGAGGAGAGUCCUCCGUAGAAUUAUGCCUCGUAUAAAAUUCUUAUCCUACUCCGAAUCACCUAUCAAGGGCAUGGGGGUCAGUACCGGACCCCAACGAUCGGCUCAGUUGCCGUUCCAUCGAAAGUUCCAUGAAGAAUCUCUUAGAACAUUAUAAUGGACCUUUCUUCCGUCCUUCACGUUGAAGCGACCUCCCUCAAUAUCCUCUAGAUAUAUCAAUCGGGCUUCCACGAGAAUCGACGAUUACUCGUAACCCUCCUAAGCCCCGUAAGAAGCAAUCACUCCGUGGCUGCAUCGAUCUAGCUACGUAGAAUCCUGUCCAGUGUUCUACAUCAGGCACCCAAGCAUAGUAAUGCAUAAGCUAAGAAACUCUCGUAUCAGGACACGACCGUGGUUUGCAUAUGUUCUAUAUGUCAUAUGACCCUGAUCCGUAUUCUGGAAUGUGCUCCUGGGCCUGUUCGCUUAGUCUACUUGGGCUCACCUCAUCAGUCGGGUCGGUGUGUUCUAGACCUUGCUGUUUAUCAGCGUGCAUCCGACCUUUCCAUCAUUAUACGAGAGGUGGAUCAUGUCCGUAGAUUGCCUUUCAGGUGUAGUCCGGCAAACUUGCCCUCGCGUAAGAGUUUCUG